UCCUCUUGGAAGUGGCGGUUGUUUCAACAUGGCGAUUGCCGCAGAGGAACGAAACAAAUCUGGGAUUUUCUGGAUGAAUGACACAUCUGACGACGAUCAACCAAUGGUAUUCGUCCCAGGAGUGAGCAGGAAGCUUGGCCUGAGCCGAGGCCCGGGGAUCACUGGAGAGGGGAAGGGCAGAGUACAGACAGUCCAUAGGAAAGGAAACCCGAGGGGGCCAAGCCAGCAAUCGUCCCGCUCUGUCCCCUCUUCUGAGGGGAAGUCGUCAACAAGGACGACCUCCUCUACCAGACCUACUCCAGCUGAAGCCAGGUCUUCAGCUCCAACCCACAAACCCCCUGAGAAUCCAUGUAGCUCACCACAAGCGGGCCAUGGUAAUACCAAGCCCUCUCUGAAGGACCUCUGCCCAGAAGACAAGCGACGCAUCGCCAACCUCAUCCAGGAGCUGGCCAGAGUGAGUGAGGAGAAGGAGGAGUCAGUCCAGAAGCUGAGAGAUGAACAGGAGACAUUCGAGAGGAAGAUCCUGGAACUGGAGCAGCAGAACCAGUUCAUCGUGCAUGAAAGAGAAAGCCUGAAGCAGCAGUAUAGGGAGUGUCAGGAGCUGCUGUCUCUCUACCAGCAGUACCUCUCUCAGCAGCAGGACAAGCUCAACCAGUCCAUCGCCCAACUCAACCAGGCCCGCUCACACACCAAGGCCUCCCGAAGCGAGAGGUCGAGCCAUCGGUCUCGCUCGGCGAAGCCCGGCACGCUGGACGGCUCCUACCUGGACCUCCCCUCCCCCCGGGACACGCCCCGUCACGGUGCCACCGCUCCCGUGGACCGCGCCCGCUCCCUGUUAGCCAAUCACGGCCGAGCCCCGGCCACGCCGACGCCCGCCCCUCUCUCCUCCGCCGGCUCUUCCUCCGUCAGCGACUCCAAGACCAGGUCGAGCAGGUCGGCCGCUCGGCCCAGGAGAGACCACCACACUCACCCCCACGCCCAGGGGCGCGAGACCGGGGCAGAGGAAGGGGAGCAGCGGGGAGGGCAGGCAGCGUCAGCAGCAGCAUCAGCAGCAGCAGCAGCGCCCCCUCCUGGCUGGGAGGACUGGGAGGAGCGUCGGCGGCGCCUGGUGGAGCAGAAGAGGCAGCUGGAGCAGGAGAGGGAGCGGCUGCAGCACAGGCUGGCCCUGCAGGAGGAGCGGCUGAGCCAGCAACUACACGAGACGCACCUGCUGAAUGACGGGCUGCAGCACACAGACGCUGCUGGGUUGGAGAAGCCUCUUCCCAACGGCAGCCUCCUGGUCCAGCCGCCGCUGGUCAACGGCUGUGGGGGACACAGUGAUGAAAGGGGGAAUAUGUCCCGUCUAGGAGGCCCUGCUAAUGUUCCAAACAUUGAAGUUUCUCGUUGUGAGGACCCAAGCUCAGCACCUCUCAAACACCUGUCCUUACAAGAGCCCUCACCCCUGACCAAAAAGGACAUGGCCACCUCUCCUGCUGCCCCCUCCAUGCCCUCUGCAGCCCCCGUCAUGCCCCCCUGCCUCCCUUGCACCCCGCAUCACCCUCGCCGCGCCAGUCCCAACUCGUCCUUGAUGGAGCUGCUGGAGAUCUUCAGCCCCGUGUCCCUGGCGGAGUGUCCCGGGCCACACCAGCGGGCCCCCACCAGCGCUCUCCGGCCCCCCCGCCACGGCCUCCUCUCCCCAGCCUCGCGCUCCUGCCUGCCCCCCCAGGACCCGGAGGAGAGCCAGAUACUGGAGGACAUCUUCUUCAUCUGCUGAGCGUCGUACUGAGCACACAUGCAAAUACAUGACCUGAGACAGACACACACACACACACACACACACACACACACACACACACACACUUUCACUGAGGGCCCAGUCAGUGUAAGGACAGGAAUGUCUUUUGAUCACCACUCUAAUGCUUUACAAGAAGCCUUGGUGAAUAAAUUUAACUUGAGCUGGAAGAGGCAGCCUUUUGCCUUUAGUGCCUGAGAGGUGAACCACAUAAGAAACAGAGGAAGAAGAGGAAGUUAAAGGAAAGAAUGGGAAAGAAAGUGAGAGGGAAGACAGACUGGGAUACCGAUGGUUGUAUUGCCUUGCCACAUAGUGUUGAGUUGGGACAGGCUUGUGAUUGGCUUGUAUGUGCAUAUGUUUGUGUUUGUGUGUGUGUGUACCCAUCAGUUAGUUGGUUUGUUAUCAAUGAGGAGGAAUUGACAGUGAUGUUAGUUAGAGGAAAUUCUCUCUCAAACACACCCACACCCAACACACACCCAUACAAACAUGCUUGUCACGUGUUGUCCUUAUUUACAUUCCAAAUGCCUUCUUGCAUAGUUUCAAUUACUCGUAACCAAAUCAUGAUGUGGUUGGUGCUUUAUUUUAAUAUCUUUUUUACUUGUGUUUUUAAUGUUAACAUA